GAUUUCUCUCUCUCACCUCUCAUUCUGAUUUCUCUCUCUCACCUCUUCGGAUCUCUCUCUCUCUCUUAUUUCACUCUCUCUCUCUCUUAAAAUUCCUCCCCUGUUCUUGAGAAAACCCUAGGUUUUCCGCCUCUGAUCUGGGUUUUCCUCUCCAAAUCUCGCAAAUCUGAAACGUUUUCGCCGAAAAACGUUCAUAAAAAUUACUCGGAAUCAUUUUCCGAUCAGAUCCCCUCUAUUUUUGUCCCCUUUUUGGUCCCUAAUCGUCGCUGAUCUCUGUUUUUCUGGUACUUUAUGGGUUCUUCUUUGUCUAGAACUCGAGGUGAUUCUGGGGUGGGAACUUCUGGUCAAAGAAUCCCCGAUUCCAACUGUGAUUGGGGAUCCAAGUGCAACUGUCCCAAUAACGAGCAUUCCUACUCCGCCGAAUAUAAAAACAAUCUGUAUUUGGCCCAAAAAGAAAAUACGAGUACUCGAAACUAUUUGGAAGAAUGGUUUCGGAAGAGGGAAGUGGAGCCAGGAGAGGAGGUUGAGUCAAAAUAUGACGAUCGGAAACCCACUCCCUCAGAUCUGCGUUUUUUCGGUGAAGGAGAUUCCGAUGAGGAACCAAGUGGGUCUGAUUCAUUUGAUCUGGUGUAUGUUGGAGAGUGUGAAAAUGAGAAUGGUGAUGCUGUUGGGUCUCCAGGACAACUUUCAUCUGGUUAUCCCUCCUCAAAGAAAGGAGAAAAGGGAAAAAAAUCGGCUUCAGCAUCUGAUGAUGCUUAGAUAAGUCUGUCUCCUUUCUCCCUUUUUUCAUUUUAUUGAAUGCUGGCUAGCUGUGGAGUCAUAAGGUGGAUGCCAACAACUGUGAUCUGUUGUUGGCCAGGGGUGUUGUUGUUUGGAUGAUGAUGUUGUGAUUAGUUGUAUGGAUGUUGAUGUUAGAUAUUUUAAGUUAUGAUAUUGAUAUUGAUAAUGAUGAUUGGAUGAUGGUGUUUCCAUAUGGUUAUGAAAUUUUGUGGAAUGUUGUCUGUGUGAUGAACAUGAUUUGAUGGCUUAAUGUCCCCUGUUUUAUGGUAUGUUUUGUGUAUGAUAAAUAUGAUGCUUUGGUGAGUAUGAGAUUUGAUCAGUAUAACUAUGUUUUGGAUUAGUAAAGGCAUGAAAUGAAUAUAAUUUGGGGAUAGGGUUUGAGUUAUUUCAGUCCUCUCAGUGUGGCCUGGUGUUGAAUGCUUAAUGUCCAAGCAUGUCCCUUUAGGAUACAAUAAUGUCCCUUUAUUUAUUGUGAUCGAUGAUGAGUCUUUUUUUUGCUGAGGAACAAGUCCAACUAACCACAAAUGCUCGUGCUGCCAUUAGUAUCAGUAAUGAUAUUUCUCGGGCGCUAAGUGUUUGUGGUUUGGAGUUGUUUUAAUGAUGCUUGGGGACAUUCUGAGAUCAAUAUUAGGAGGUUUGUGAUCUUCAAUGAUGUGAUUGUUGAUAUUCUGAGAUCUUUGUUUUGAUAAUUGUCCUUUAACUUCUUUUGUCGAACGGAGUGAAUGUCAUUUCACACAAUGGAAUGUGAAUAUCAAUCAUUCCGUUCGGCAGAAGAAUGUUAAAGAUAUGAUAGUAUUGAAACUACUUGAUCAAUGAUGUGUGUCAAUAUGUCUGAGAAAUGAAACCCUACAUGUUAAUGAUCUGUUUAAUGCUUCAUGUCCCAUGAAUCAGUGGAGGUCUGUGAUGAGUCUUUCAUUUGAUGAGGUUCAAACCCUAUGUUUUGAUCAGUUCAUGGUGAUCUGAUGCAUUG